UUCAGGCCGAGGGGCUGUAAUUCCUACGUCGGGACGCGGGCCGAUGGCGACGGCCGAGCGCGGCACGUAGCCGCCUCCCACUGCAAUAACCGCCUCUCACUGCGCAAAGAGCAGCGGCGCGCCGGGGCAGCCCCAGCGAGGGCAGCCCUGUAGGCGAAGGCCAGGGCCGCGGAAGACCAUGACGUCCGUCGCGGCCACGUCCGCCGCCGCCGAGGAGGCGUCGGAACAGCUCGCGCUGCGACGAAAAGAACGCGAGCAGGCCGCCGGCGGCUUGGAGGAGGGCGGCGCCUACAUCACCGACGCCGCCUCGAUGGCCGUCUCGCCCUCCGCGCAAUUAAGGAAUGCGGGCCGCAAUUUGUGGGGCGCGACGACGAAGAAGUUCUCUCGUAGAAGUCUGCGGUUAGAUCCGGUUGCUGCCGCCCAGGUGGAAAGGUCACGACAAAGACUCAAGGAGAUCCACGGGACCAUCAUAGAACCCACCGGAUGGUUCAUGGGCUACUGGGACGGCAUAACAUUCUCCUCAUUGAUCUUCACCGCAGUAGUCACCCCAGUAGAAGUCGCAUUUUCCGGGACCCAGCCAUUACGGUUCGGGAAAGACUACCACGAACUCCCGCUCUUCAUCCUAAACCGGAUUGUGGACGCGGUCUUCAUCAGCGACUUCUGCAUGCAGUUCUUCAUGGGCUACCAGGACGACAAUAAAAUUGUCAGGGACAAGUGGAAGAUUGCCAAAAAAUAUCUGACGAGCUGGGCGCCCAUCGACUUCGUGUCGAGUUGUCCUCUGGAGAUGUUUUUACUGUUAUACCAGUGGCACGACUGCUCGAACCGAGAUCCGCCCGUGAACGUCGCGUCGGAGAGCUGCUCCGCGGGGGCGCUGAAAAAUUACGUCAAAAUCUUUCGACUGCUGCGCCUGCUGAAGUUGUUCCGAGUCAUCCGAGCCUCGCGCAUUCUCAAAAGGUGGGAGGCGGCGGCGGUCUUCGUCUUCACGUACACGGAGAUCAGCAUGAUGCGGUUUUUUGUGAUGCUGGUCAUGUACGCGCACUGGAACGCGUGCCUGUGGGGCAUGGUCGCCCACCCCGACAUCCAGCCGGACUACAACUGGAUGUUUCGGUUGGAGGAGACGAUGAACGCGAACAGCGUGAUGCGGUGCCGCGUGUCGCAGGACCACGCGGCGUUAGUGGGGAAAGACAUCGACGCGUCGGUCCAGUAUUUGAAUAGCAACUUUGAUGACUCCGCAUCAUUGGCAGGAGUAGGAACGUACAAACCGAAUUGGGCGCCCUACUGCGUCGGGAGCGAGUCCGAGACGUGUCGCGGCGGAGAAAUCGAGUAUCGGGCGGACUACGCGCCGUCGUGUGAGUUGGGUUAUGAGGGGAAUCGGUUUCAAAGGAACAACGUGCUGCACAAGUACUGCGCAAGUCUCUACUUCGCCGUAUACACGAUGACUGGAAUAGGUUUGGGGGAUAUCAGCGCGACGGGCAACCUCGAGGUCAUGGUCGCGACGGCGAUUAUGUUGUGUGGCGCGGUCUUCUGGGCCUACAUGAUCGGGCAAUUUGUUACCUUAGUAUCGCACAUCGACGUGUACGGCAACGCGUUCCGGCAGCGCAUGGACGAGAUGAACUUCAUGAUGGCCGACAAGCGGUUCAGCAAAGAUUUAAGGCGGAAGUGCCGCAUGUUCCUCAUGGCCUCGAAGGAGCACCAGCGCCAGGUGAACUACAAGCAGAUCGAAAAGCUCAUGUCAGUGUCGUUGAGGGACGAAGUGGCCGCCGCGAACAACACGUGGGUGGGCCAGGUCUGGUAUCUGCGGGAGGUGACGCCGCCGUUUGUGGUCGAUCUGUCGCAGGCGAUCCAGCGGUUGGUGUACGCGCCCACGGAAGUCGUGGACCUAGGGUUAUCGUGCUUUGUGAUUAUGAACGGCCUCGGCGCUAGGAAAGGUCGAAUUAUAUCCAGAGGUGGUGUCUGGGGCCAGGACUUUCUUUUAGAUAAUGUGAAUUUGAUCGACAUGGUCUGCACGGCGGCAUUAUCUUAUCUGGAGGUCAUCUGUUUGCCUCGAGACAAGAUGAUCAAAUUGCUGUCCAUCCCGAAGCACGAGGUCGAACGGCGCAUCGUGCGGAAGGCUAAUGUGUUUUAUACGAUUCGAGCGCGCAUCAUCGAGAUCGGCGCCGACGCCUUGCAGAAACGUUUAAGGGAAGAACGGCGCGUCGCCGCGACGACGCCGGGUGGGCUAACAACACCAGGUUCGCGCUCGUCCAUGUGGCACUCCUUCCUGAACAGCGACGCGGCCUUCGACGAGGAAGGUAGGGAGUCGCGCGCCGCGCGCGAGCUGCGCGAGUCCAUGGCGAAAAGAAGGCGGUCCCUCGCGCGGACCAUGACCUUCGUGUCCUACCCGUCGCCCAGUCAUCGACGACGCGCCCGCGUUGUCGAUCCCACUCCUGAGUUCGGCAUGGACGACUCGAGUGCCGGCCUCAAGGGUGGGGUUGGAAGGGGUUCCCCGACGCCGGACGAGCAUCCGGCCGACCUGCGCCAGUCCGACGGGGACCUCCAGGACGAGCUCGCCGCCUCCGUGAGGGAGGUCUCGACCGCCGUCGCCGCCCUCGAGGGCCGCGCGCGGGACGAGAGCCGAAAGCGCGAUGCUGAAACCGACGCGCUCCACGCGAAGCUCGACCGGCUGCUCGCGGCGCUCGACGCCAAGGGCUGAGCUUUUAACAACGAAUUAGGAUGACUACCUUGUCCCCCCCCUGGCCCUGCUUGCGCGUGGGCGAUUUCACAGGCGUGACCCCGGGGCUCAACG